AAAAAAAUUAUUUUGCCUGAUUUUGUUAUAUUUUGUUAGUUAUAUGAAUUAUUGUCUGUUUGGUCCUUAACUUUAUUUUCCACUUAACUUUAUAUUUUUGUCCAUCUUGAUUAUGUAAUUUUUAAAUAUUAAAUGAUUGAUGAUUGAUCACUUGUUUUGUACUUGAAUAGCCUUUUUACCAAAUACAUUUUUACUCUUACUUGAGUCAUUUGGUGGGCAACUAUUUACUUUUACUUGAGUAAAAAUAACAGUAACAGUGCUGGUCUUACUUGAGUAAAAUUUUUGCAGACUGUUAUCUGAAAUUUCUGAAUAAUAAUAAUAAAAAAACAUUUGGUGCUUUAAGUAUACCAUGCUCCUUAUUUGAUCUUGUUUACUAGCUUGUAGAGCUAAUACUGAUGAAUGAUAGUUGCUGCUCUGUUUUGUGACAAAGAUGGGGUUUUAUUGUAUCUGCAAAAGUUCUUGUCAUGUACAUUAAGCAAAGCAAGGUGAGCUUUGAUGUGUCUGACUGAAGCAGGCGCUUCUUUGUGAUUUUGGUCAGAAGGAUCCUGUCAGGUCUUCAGCUUUGUUCUCUCCAUGUUUGUCUUCUUUAAGACCUAAAGUGACACUAUAGGCAGCUGUGAUCAUGAGAUCAUGAGACCAAUCAGCACAGCCUUGUCUCUGUGGAGUUCAGUAAGCAUCAAGGUGCUUUUCAUUCAACACGUCCAUUUCAGCAGGAUGACACCUUCAGGCUCCGUUUUCUGUCUCUUGGUCGUCCUCUUAUGGAGAAAGGUUGAGCUGAAUUAUUUGGGAAAAUCAUCUGUUCAUCAACAGAGGAGCUUUAUGUCAGCUGAAGUUGGCAGCAACGUGACUCUGCAUUGUUCUUAUGGGACUGAAGCUGCGAGGUAUUACUGGUACAAGCAAUCUCUGGGACAGAAGCUACAGAUUAUCUCUAUCAGUUAUAAAUUUGAUAAAAGUGGCGAGUUUCAUGACGAGUUCCAGGACAACCCACGAUUCACUGUGAAAACCAACGAUGGGAAAAGUCAGUUAAAUAUUUUUCACUUAAAACCAUCAGACACAGGAACUUACUUUUGUGCAAGUGGCAUUUCAUUUGUGUUUGAGUUUGGGGAGGGUGUCACAGUCAGCGUGAAGAAUCCGGUUCUGGAAAAUACAAGUUGGAUCCGUCAGUCUGAAUCUGGAACCGUCCAGAUGGGAAGCUCUGUGACUCUGAACUGUACAGUUCAAACUGGGAGCUGUGGUGGAGAACACAGUGUUUACUGGUUUAGACACUCUGGAGAAUCUCAUCCAGGACUCAUUUACACCCACGGAGGAAGCAGCGAUCAGUGUGGGAAAAGUCCUAACACACAAACACACACCUGCAUGUACGAUCUGCCUAUAAGGAACCUGAAUAAGUCUCAUGCUGGGACUUAUUACUGUGCUGUUAUUUCAUGUGGACAAGUUCUGUUUGGAAACGGGACAAAGCUGGAUGUGGAAGGUGAGGCCGUCUCUUUGUCCUUGGUUUAUUUCUUAAGUGCAGCUUUGAUUUUCACCAUCAUCCUGAGUGUUUUACUGGCCUUCACACUGCACAAGAUGCACAAGAGGAACAGCUGCCAAACUUCAGAGUUUAACGGAAGACUUUCAUGUCAUCCAGCAACAAGCACCCAGGUACAUCGAGUCGCAGGCGACCUCCAUUAUGCUGCUGUAAAUGUUAACCAGCUCAGCAGACCAAGGAGACACAGGAAGAGCACAGAGUCUGAGUGUGUGUACUCAGCUAUGACACACACUCUGAACUGAAGACGGUUCAGUUCACUCUCCUAAAGCUGCCUGGAGAACUGAAGCACAGCUCAGAGACUGUUUCGGGUCAAAGACUAAAGAAUACUUCUGUGUUUUUUUUUUUUACAUUUCACAGAAUAAACUUAUUUAAAUUGUUAAACUUCUUAAAAUGACUAAAUUGUGUGUGUUUGAUCGAUUAGAUGCCAGUUUUUACAGUGCGUAGAUUAUGAUAAUUUGCUUAGUUGCCAACUUUGAAUUCAGGUUAAUGCUGUUCAAACAAAAAU